AUGUGCGAAGAAAACUUCUGGGACUGUACUCCACGAGGCGCAAAGCGAUAUCGACAAAGCUUAUACCUGCACCUAGUCUUCAGCAUGGCAAGUGAAGGUGUCACUAACCUUGGCAUUGACAAGUUCUUCGAGAAGAACUCUGAGCUUCACUCAGGAUGGCUGAGGUCUUUGCACAGCAUAGCAGAGCGCUCCUUCGAAGAGCAAGAGACGUCAAACUUCAUCUACAGUAUAUUGAAAGAACAAUGCCCGUCCCUCAAAGUAACACGCGGUCUCAAUGACGAGCUUCCCACAGCGGUUCUUGCGGUUCACACACCGCGUGACCCAACACUAUCUCCCAUCCUGUUGCGAGCCGACAUGGAUGGCCUUCCAAUACGUGGGACAGAUGGCACACCAUCACCUUUGCACCCAGAUGUUCACCAUGCUUGCGGACACGAUGGCCACGUCACAUGUUUGCUCACGUGUGCUCACUGGAUACAUAACUUCCGCGAUUUAACUCAUCGCAAGGUCGUACUUUUCUUCCAACCGGCGGAGGAACGGGGGGUCGCCGCCAUCGGAGGGUCUGGUGCUCGCAUCGCGGUAGAGAGAGGCGAGUUGCUUGACACACUCCAUUCGGACGUUGAAGCAGUUUAUGCGUUGCACUCUUGGCCAGGCCUUGAGGUAGGCCACUUUGGUGUCGGGGCAGGUCCCAUGAUGGGGUCCUCCAGCAAGUUUGUCAUAGAGUUUGCUGGACACGGCGGCCAUGCCGCAAUGACUUCCGAGGAAGGGGGCGACGCUUUACUGGCAGCGUGCACCAUGGUAACCUGUGCUCAAGCUGUGAUUGCACGUGGGACAGACGCUUUCAUUCCUGCCGCUGUUGCGUUCACAAGCGUGGAAAACGUCGAUUCCCACGCCCUUGGCGCCAUCCCAUCUCAGGUACGCGUGUGUGGUACCUUUAGAACGCUUGACACGCAAACGAAGGAGUCCAUCCUCAAGCAAUUGCGACGGCAUGCGGCUGGUGCUGCGACGAUGCACGGAUGUCAGGGCAACGUGUUAUUCACUGACGGCUAUCCCGUGACCCGCAACUCGAGUGAUGGUGCGCUGGUAGCCCAGUUCGCUGCUUUACGAGCUGUAGGAGGAGAUGAAUCCAAAGUGCAUUCUGUCGGCGUCGAAGAGGGCAUGCUAAAGCCCAUUCUUUGCUCAGAGGACUUUUCUAUCCUGCUCAAGAAGCGUGCUGGUGCCUACGUAUGGCUUGGAAAUGGUUCUGGAGGUCCGAGGCUUCAUGAAAGCUCGUACAGAUUUGAUGAGAGAGCAGUGCCGUUCGGUGGAAAGCUGUUUGUCCAUUUGGCGACCAGUCCCGCGACUGUUGGCAAGAACCCGAACAGAGCGGAAUUUGGAAUUGCUUGA